AUGACCCUCCUCACCCCCCACCUCCUCCAUCUCCUCCUCCUCCUCCCCCUAACCACCGCCCUUACCCUACCCCACCACUUAUUCGACGUAAUCACCGAACAAGACACCACCCUCCUGGCUCCGCAAAGCUGCUUCCCAUCCACGACCUUCCCCCACGCCGCCCCCGUCAACGAGACGGACCUCUACAUGGACGCCUGGCGCUUCUGCGCCGGCGCGGCCAAACAACUGCCCCAGAUGCGCCCCAGGGCGCUGAUCAAAGGCGACGGCCGCGGGGCGUCGACGGAGCAGCACUUCGAGAUGCGGUGGGUCGACGAUUGUCCCCGGGCGGCGGAGAUUAAGACGCAGGACACGCUGGACCCGCUGGGCAAGGGGAAGAAGAGCUCACUGUUCGGGGAGAACUGGUGUGUGAGGAUCCUGGUGGAUAAUUGGAAGAAGUGUAAGGAUUUUGGGGGUGUUGGGGGAUCGAGGGUUGCUGGGUGUGUCGUGUUUGCGACGGGUCCUGGACAUUUACGGUCUUGA